CUGGUUUCAACGCAACUUAUCCUGUGCCUUUUACCUCGGGGCCUUGAAAGGUCAAUUGUCUACAGCCAGCAUGCUGGGCCAACUAGUGGGAUCCGCCAUGCUCUUGGCCGCGACUGCUAUCUUCCUUUACUACACGGCUUGGACUCUUUUAAUGCCAUUUGUCGAUGCUGACCACCCUCUCCACGCUCUCUUCCCUCCUCGCGUAUGGGCAAUCCGCAUCCCUGUCAUCCUCACCCUGUUGGGCUCCGCGGUGGUUGGAACAUUUAUAGGGAUUGUCAUGAUCAACAGUAACAGAAAGAAAGCUGCAAAAGCCAAGGCGGCCGGAAAGAAAAAGGCUUGAAUGGAUAUAGCGCGGUCUCAAUGCAAGGAUUGCAAUGGGGCUAAGCUGUGUCUGGAUGUGUCCUACUGCGUAUAUAACAGGGGAUAAUGUAAACUACUUCAUUCGACGUCUCUACAGUGGUUACUAUAACUUUUAAGGAUGAAGAUUGGGUGGUUCAGUGCGUCAGUGCGUCAAAUAUGUAGGCAUUGACGCAGUAACUUGAAUGCAGAGCUACCUGCUUAAUCAAAUCACGGAAACACAUUGAUCUCUUUCAGAUCAGACCAUGCAUAGAAAUAUUCUUUUCUCCGUUACAAGUUUAUAGUAUCCUACCAGUAGACUCAAUGAAGUCGAGAGAAAGGUUAACUUUAGCAAUAAAGAGGGCCUUUUUUCGAACGCAUAAGCGGAGUAUCCUCUGGCAUCUGUUGUGCCGUGAUACUUGUUUUGACAGUUAUUCCUCAGGACCAUACUGAGCCCCAAGACAUAAUAAAGCAAGAGAAGCCUAUUUCACCAAAUGUGUUCUGAAGAAUAUCAGUACGCACACGUCCGGCCUUUACCAGCAUGUAAGACACUUUCGAAGGGACAUCUGCAACAGAUGGUACAGUUCAAUGUCAGGGAACAUAGGUUGUGCAGAUUUCUGCGUGUGGAAGAGGAUUGCGAUUCCAGGUACUCCAUAUUGGUGGCGUAAACGUCGGUUUGGUGAGAAGAGAUUCGCUAUGUCUAGCAGUUUCUCAAUGGAUCAAGGGAAACUUUCACACAUCCGCUCAAAGCUGGUAAAAGAAGGGAUCUGACUUGGAACCUUGUCAAAGGGCUCAUCUCAUCCAAGCCACAGCUUGGCAGCUAUAUAUGUAUGUCAGAGGAUACCCGCCAGAACACGAAAUAUAGGCUUUGUUCCAUGUAGUUCGUCCUGCGUAAGGGGUGACAAUGAGAGGCACCGAUCGUCCACGAAGUUCCAGAGCAGGGUCAGAUCUUGACCCAGUCACCUGCGUCAUAUCCUAGUCACCAGGCGCUCACCAAUGAGGCCAUGUACCGUUCUGGAGGAAUCAUGGAUCGCUGAGCAGUUGGGGAGGGCGAAGAGGAAGAAAGAGAGAAGGCUGAGCGGAAUAAAUCACGUGGGAGUGAUCAUGGGGCAGUGAUGUGUUUGCAGUGUUUGCACCAGCCAUGAUACCCCUCAUGCGGGCGAGUGGGAUGACGAUGGACGUCGG